AUGGACCCCAAACAGACCACCCUCCUGUGUCUUGUGCUCUGUCUGGGCCAGAGGAUUCAGGCACAGGAAGGGGACUCUCCCAUGCCUUUCAUAUCUGCCAAAUCGAGUCCUGUGAUUCCCUUGGAUGGAUCUGUGAAAAUCCAGUGCCAGGCCAUUCGUGAAGCUUACCUGACCCAGCUGAUGAUCAUAAAAAACUCCACGUACCGAGAGAUAGGCAGAAAACUGAAGUUUUGGAAUGAGACUGAUCCUGAGUUCAUCAUUGACCACAUGGACGCAAACAAGGCAGGGCGCUAUCAGUGCCAAUAUAGGAUAGGGCACUACAGGUUCCGGUACAGUGACACCCUGGAGCUGGUAGUGACAGGCUUGUAUGGCAAACCCUUCCUCUCUGCGGAUCGGGGUCUGGUAUUGAUGCCGGGAGAGAAUAUUUCCCUCACGUGCAGCUCAGCACACAUCCCAUUCGAUAGAUUUUCACUGGCCAAGGAGGGAGAACUUUCUCUGCCACAGCACCAAAGUGGGGAACACCCGGCCAACUUCUCUUUGGGUCCUGUGGACCUCAAUGUCUCAGGGAUCUACAGGUGCUACGGUUGGUACAACAGGAGCCCCCACCUGUGGUCCUUCCCCAGUAAUGCCCUGGAGCUUGUGGUCACAGACUCCAUCCACCAAGAUUACACGAUACAGAACUUGAUCCGCAUGGCCAUGGCAGGACUGGUCCUCGUGGCUCUCUUGGCCAUACUGGUUGAAAAUUGGCACAGCCAUACGGCGCUGAACAAGGAAGCCUCGGCAGAUGUGGCUGAACCGAGAUGGAGCCAACAGAUGUGUCAGCCAGGAUUGACCUUUGCAUGAACACCAAGUGUCUGCAAGUAA